GGCGAGUGACUGCUGCUGCAGUUUCUUGUCGCGAGCGCUCAGUGCACGGUGUGGAAAUUCCGAACCACAUCGGCAUGAAGCUGCACGCACACACCGCACGCGAAUCGCCACGCCACCCGUGAACGGUAAGGCGUCUCCGUAGGGCAGCGGAUUUACACCCGUUUUAGCGGAGGGGGGAUUAAGAUCCAGCGCGAUCCAGAGGGAGAAGUUUGCUCACUGCGUCGGGUGGAGGAGGUGAACGGGACACCAGCAGCGAGCAUGGCGGAGAGAAGUGGCCGGUUGAGCUUCCCCGGCAGCGGGGCGCUGAACAGACCGGUUCCUAUGAACCUGUUCGCCACCUGGGAGAUAGACGGCUCGUCUCCCAACUGCAUUCCCAGGUUGUGUAGUCUGACUUUGAAGAAGCUGGUUGUGAUGAAGGAACUUGACAAAGAGCUGAUUUCUGUUGUCAUUGCAGUCAAGAUUCAGGGCUCCAAGCGAAUCCUGCGCUCUCAUGAGAUAGUGCUGCCCCCUGCUGGAGGGGUGGAGACUGAUCUCGCUCUCACAUUCUCCCUACAGUACCCUCAUUUUCUGAAGCGCGAGGGAAAUAAGUUGCAAAUCCUGCUUCAGAGGAGGAAGAGGUACAAAAACAGAACAAUUUUGGGUUACAAGACGUUGGCUGCUGGUUCUAUAGACAUGGCAGAGGUGAUGCAGCAUCCUGCAGAAGGAGGGCAGGUCUUGGCUCUGUGCAGUAAUCAGAAGGAGCUUCUGGGUAAAGUUGCUGAGAUUUGGAUCUAUUCCCUGUCCAGUCAGCCGAUAGACCAUGAAGAGGCGGCCAUUCUGGGACAGAAAAUCAAAUGUUCUGAUAAUUACUCAGAAGAAGAGUAUGAAAGCUUCUCGUCAGAACAGGAGGCCAGUGAUGACGCAGCACAAGGACAGGAUCUUGAGGAUGACGAAUACGAGAUAAGGAAGCCCAAAAAGCAGAGGAGGUCAAUAGUCCGAACGGCGUCAAUCACCAGGCAGCAGAACUUUAAGCAGCGUGUGGUGGCGUUGCUCAAACGGUUCAGAGUUUCUGAAGAGGUGUUGGACUCGGAGCAGGACCCAGCCGAGCCGCCUCCAGAGGUAGAGGAAGAUCUGGAUCUAGAGAGUCUGGAGUUUGAGAAUCCGAGUGACAGUGGACCGGAUCUGGAUGAUGAUGAAAGUGUUCUCAGCACCCCAAAACCCAAACUCAAGCCAUAUUUCGAAGGAAUUUCUCUAUCCAGCUCUCAGACAGAAAUUGGCAGCAUUCACAGCAUUAGGAGUCACAGAGAGCCGCCCAGUCCAAUGGAUCCUGAUAAAAUAAGGGCUGGAGGUGGGAAGUUUCAGAUGGAUAAUGAAUCUGAUCAUAUUUCUAUGGGUCAUCCUGAGGUUGUGACCCCUACCACAGAAUUGGAGAUGAUGGACAACUUGGACACUUUCAUGGAGAGAUUGCCUCCAAUUGGCCGGAUGACGAAAACGGAGUCACUCAUCAUUCCAUCCAACCGGGUGGAGCCAAAGUUGGCAGGGCGACGGGGGCGGAGCACAUCACUUAAAGAGAGGCAGCCCAGUCGACCGCCCAACGAGAGAGCCAACAGCCUGGACAACGAGCGCUCUCUUGAGACACGCUGCCACCUACAGAUUCCACGUAAAACUGUUUACGACCAGUUGAACCACAUCCUGGUGUCAGACAGCUAUCUCCCCGACAGCAUCAUCCUCAUCAACACCUCAGACUGGCAGGGCCAGUAUGUAUCUGAGGUGUUACAGAAUCACGGUCUUCCUGUUGUGUGUACAUAUACCAUGGCUGACGUACAGGCAGCGUUCAGCACCAUCAUCGCUCGCAUACAGAGAUUUUGUAACAGUAACUCAGUCACACCGACUCCAGUGCGGAUCGGAGUAGCAGGAGCUCAGCAUUACCUGUCUGCCGUUUUGCGUUUGUUUGUGGAUCACUUGACUCAUAAAACCCCCGACUGGCUCGGAUACCUGCGAUUUCUCAUCAUCCCUCUCGGGGUUCAUCCAGUGGCUAAAUAUCUGGCCAGUAUAGACUACAGAUAUAACAGUCUGUUCCAGGACUCGGCAUGGAGAGAUCUUUUCCACAAACCAGAAGCACCAUCCUCAGCAGUUCAGGACAGUCCAGAUAUUGUUUCCAGAGUGACACAGUACAUGUUGGGAGCAAAUGGAGCUCAUCAGUUGCCCAUAGCAGAGGCCAUGCUCACCUACAAGCAGAAAAGGAAAAAGAGCUUUCAUUUUGAUUUUGCACUAAGUCCUGAUGAAGACUCAAGCCAGAAAUUUAUCCCUUUUAUUGGGGUGGUGAAAGUGGGGAUUGUUGAACAAACUUCUGCCACAUCUGGCGAUUCAGAUGACGCUGCUCCUGUGGGAUCUGCUCUUCUCUCCUCUACUCCUCCUGCACAGAUCUCUCCAUUACUGAAAGAGGCAUCUCCAACGCCUCCCUCUUCUCCCUCUGUACACUUGUUCAGUUCUCCUGGAGGGGGCCAGGGGGAGCUGAUGGGUCUUCAGGUUGAUUAUUGGAUUGCUCCGUCAGAAAGGAAGAAAGAAGUGGAGAAGAGAGAUUCCUCUGGCAAAAACACGCUGAAGUGCACCUUCCGCUCGCUGCAGGUUAGCCGCCUCCCACUGGGCGGAGCAGAGAUUACACAUCAGCCGACCAUGUCCAUGACUGUUGUCACCAAAGAGAAAAAUAAAAAGGUGAUGUUUCUGCCUAAAAAGACCAAGGAUAAGGAGGCGGAGUCUAAGAGCCAGGUGAUAGAGGGCAUAAGUCGGCUCAUCUGCACAGCCAAACACCAGCAGACCAUGCUGAAAGGUGAUCAGCCAAUCACAAUUCAUCAAAUGUUGAUAGAUGGAGUUGAAUGGAACGAUGUGAAGUUUUUCCAGCUGGCGGCUCAGUGGUCAUCUCACGUCAAACACUUCCCACUUGCCGUCUUCGGACCCUCCAAAGGGCCUUACUGAACUUCAGCCUCACAUCUUCACUCCUCUAUGCUACGGCUGCCUUUACUCUCAGUGCUGCCUGAUGUUUUUAUUUCAAAUAUCUGCUUUUUUCACGGUUUGUGUCUGGUUUUUCUUUUUUUUCUUUUUUUUUUGACAUUUGAUUGUUCUUUUAUGAAAGAGUUGAUGUAGUCUUGGAAACAGGGCAUAUUUUUUUAUUACUUAUAUGUUGAGCUUUUAAAUCCCUCCAGUGGUUAUAGUUAAAUGACUAAUGUACUGAAUCUUUAAAACUGAUUUAACUCCGUAACUAGUGAGUUUUGUGUCAUUCUGUAAAGCUGUAUCCACACAUUUCAGCAUCAUUUCAGCAGCCAACACACUUGUGGGAGAGCAAACCAGCAAAAAGGAGAAAGGAACGGUGCUUUUGAUUUAUUAAAAAGACAUACUCUGGACUGGACUCUGCUUUGGAUGGAUUUUCCAUGUGGCUUAGUCCCGAAGACGGCUGAAGCAUUUCAUCCCUCUCUCUCACUCUAUAACCUCAGCGAGGUCAGAAAGUCUCCCGAAGGUUAAUUGUGUCUCUCUCUCUGUGU